CUCGGCUGUGCGCAUGCGCAGUGUUUGGUUUUUAAAUUGAACCUAUGAACAACAUGGUGCUCAGGAUCACGCCAGAAAAUGGGGGACAGAAGUAAAAGUAAAGUACACCAUCAUGCAGAAUAUGAUUUUUCCUCCUCCAGAGAAGAACGCGAGUGGAAUAAACCCUGACACUUCAUCAGCAGCGUUGAACAGAUGCACUAGACUGAGUGGAUAUUAACCCACAACACGACACAAGUGAUUGUUAUUGUUUUCUGGUCUUUUCGGUUAGCUAGCUAUUAGCUAGUUAGCAUUGUAGCAGCACAGCCGCUAGUUCUCCGGUGAAUUGCGAAUCAAAAUGGAGGCGAGCUGCAGUGAGUGAGGCGCCUGGUUACUUCUGUGGCAGGACGUCUUUUGCGGGUCUCGGUUUAUUGUCGGAGAAUGUUGGUGCUGCACUGAAUAAAUGUGCACGAUGUGAGGCUGAAAUCUGUUUAGCAUCUAAGCUAAUUAUCAAGCUCGCAGGACUGUGUUUAGCAGCAUCAUGUCGGAUCUGCAGUGUUGUUUUUGUGGGACGUUUCGGUGCCACGUUCAUCAUUUGUGUUUUACAGCGUCUCAGUUUGCUCUGACUGCGGCGGACUAAUCAGUGAGAUAAAUACGGGUUUUCAUCGGCGAUAUGGUUCAUUCUGUGGCCUGUUUUCGUCAUGAAUAUGCGGACUGAGUCCAUAUCAAACGUGGGACUGCGCUCCGAGUCGAAGAGUUUUUACCUGCCAAAAGGACACAGUAUUGGUGUCCCAAUAAAUUCCCACAGCUUGCUGACAGAAACGCAUGACACUGUUGGAAUCACCCUCAAGGACGCGGGGCAGCGUUUGGUUAAAUCAAGAAACCUGGCCAAGGAUCUGGGUGGGAAAGCUGCUCGGCCUUUAUUGCCGGUGGGACAAAACAAAGCUGGUGCUUCUGGGACCAGCUCUGAGAGCACAGACAGGUCAGCAUCUCAAACCAAACCAAUGGGGGGUGAAGGAACCCCUGUUAAAAGCAAAACUCCGCUUGGACAAACCAGUGCUACUGAUAAUAAAGCAGAAUUUGUUUCCAUGAAUUCCCACAAUUCAAGAGAGUCUGGUGGUGAGGACAUCACAAAGGGGUUUGAAACCAUGGGGGCUCACAGCACCGUGUCUCAUGAACAUACGGAAAGCAAACGAAACAACCUGAGGAAGACUUCUGGUCAUCCCAAUUCACAAGCCAACUGUCUUCAUCAGUUACUUUUACUUCAGCUGGACCUGAUAGAGCAACAGCAGCAGCAGCUGCAGGCGAAGGACAAGGAGAUAGACGAAUUAAAAGCGGACAGAGACACGCUGCUUGCGCGGAUCGAGAGGAUGGAACGGCGUUUACAGCUGAUGAGUAAGGAACCACGGGACAAGCGUCUUUUUCAGCCUUUAGAGAGAUGGGUCCCAGACACUGAUGACUUUUGGGAUUCAGAUGCAGGGGACAGUGCUCAGACUCCCACAUCUAAGACCCCAUUUAGUCGAAGCAGCAAAGCGCAAAAGAGAAAAUGUGGCUUCUUGGAUUCCAAAAUACAUAGGUCACAGGGCAAGUCUUCUAGGCUAACCCCCCAGAAGUCUGACACUGAAGCAGCCUCACCAUGUCAAAGGGAGCUGCGGAACAAAGAAACCCCUGAGAAGACAACACCUGGGAGGUUAUUUGGCCAGACCGAAACAACAGAAGAUGCAGAAGAGAGCUGUGAAAAUGAAGAAUUUCCGUUCAUGACGACGACAGAAAUGUACCUGUGCUGCUGGCACCAACCCCCUGCUUCCCCCCUCUGUGAACCUUCCCCCAAGAAAGAAGAUGAUGUUGCCAUUCCAUCCUGGCGGGAAAACAGCAUUGAUCCUUUGAGGGAUGAAGAUGCUUUAGAUAUUUCAGAGAAUCUUGAAGAUGGGGCAUUUCUGAAACGUCACUCAAAGCUCGAGCUGGAUGAGAAGAGAAGGAAAAGAUGGGACAUUCAGAGGAUACGGGAGCAGCGUAUGCUUCAACGGCUCCAGCAGCGCAUGGAAAAAAGGAAACUAAAUAUUCAGGAGAGUGAACCAGAGAUUUCCUCGUUUUACCCUGAUGUUGAUGAUGUGGAAUCAGUUGUUAUAACACCUUUUCUGCCAGUUGUGGCCUUUGGCCGGCCUUUACCCAAGUUGACUCCACAGAACUUUGAGCUUCCAUGGCUUGAUGAAAGAAGUCGCUGCCGUAUAGAAAAUCAGAAAAAACAAACUCCUCAUAGGACCUGUCGGAAAUAAGGCAAUCUUGCAAAAGAGUGCACAAGCUGAAUGUUGAAUGCUGCAGGAUACUUGAUCAAGUUCAUAGAUUUGUGUGGGUUUAUUGCAGAUCUAUUUAUGUUAAUUCUCUUUAGGAAAACCCAUUGUUAGUAUGCCUGUAAUUUCUCUUUAAACCGCAUAUUGUGUUAGUCUCUAUUGAGUUCUGUAUGAAAUAGUUCUGGCCCUGGUCUAUUUUUAUAUAAAUGGUAUUAUUUGGGAAGGGGGGGUGUUCAGCCAGUGCUUUCACCUUGUGGUUAUUGUGCAUCUGAUGCAUUUUUGCAUGCAACACCUCAAAUGGUUAUAUUCUGCACACAAUGGACUUUUGAGUAACACACAGUGCUACAACUUCUAUGUUCUUGCACCAUUAAAAAAAAUGGUGAGGGCAAAUCAAAAUAAAGAAUUAAAAAAAGGCUAAUGUUCUCAAAAUCCAAAUUAAAAUUUUAGAAUGCAUGAAUGUCUAUUAACAGAUUGUACUGAAUUUCUGUUCCAUUAAAACCUUUAACCAUCAAAAAUUCUAAGUUAAAUAACAAAUGUGAGCUUUUGUCUUGUAGCAAAUAUUUCUUCUUCGUAAGCUUAUACAAAAGGCCUCUACAUCUCUAAAGCUAUUCAGCAUGCCCUGGACUAAAAUGGCAUCUGUUAGUGUUUUCUCAUCAAGGAGCUGGUCAGUCAGCUGAAUGAACCUGAACUUUUAAUUUGAUGGACAUGUGUAUAUGUGUGUCAUUCAGCAGGACAAAAUGCCUCGCUUUCUAUAGUAGCUUGGUUGUUUUUUAGAUUGCCAUGCAUUUAUUUUGCCAUUGCAUAUUUCUUAUAAAAGUGUAAAAUUUUGUCAAUCCCCAUUAUACUUGUAGGUUGUAUAUAGGCAGAAAAUGUUAUUUUUUUUAUUAUUUAAUGUUUGAAUGUUGUAAGUUCAGUGUAGUUCACUGAAGCAAAUUGUUUUGCAAGAAAAAAAAUAUACAGACCAUUAAUUUUG